CCAACACUAUCGUAAAAAAAAAAUAUAAUCAAAAAAAUGGCCGUCAAUCUCGGUCGUGUAAUUUUAAUUUUUAGUGUAGUUUUGGCUACAUUCUUAUUAGAAUGUAGAGCAAACGAUAUCUUAGGAUGUGGUGGAUUUGUUAAGAGUCAUGCGAACUUGGACUUCUCCAAAAUUGAAAUUGGACUGUAUACCAAAGACGGUGCCCUCAAAGAGAGGACAGAAUGCGCUCCAACCAACGGCUACUACUUCCUGCCUCUGUACGAGAAGGGGGAGUACGUGCUGAAGGUGCACCCGCCGGCGGGGUGGAGCUUCGAGCCCUCGCAAGUGGAGCUUUUGGUCGACGGGGAAACAGACCGCUGUUCCUCUGGUCAGGACAUCAAUUUUACCUUCAAUGGCUUUGGUAUCACGGGAAAAGUGAUCACGGCUGGCCAGAGCGAGGGCCCCAGUGGGGUCUCGGUGCAGCUGGUCAAUGAGAAAGGAGACAAGAGGGAGACAGUGACAGCUGCGGGCGGGGAGUUUCAUUUCACUCCUGUGAUACCUGGAAAAUACACUGUCAAGGCUUCUCAUCCAAAAUGGAAGCUGGAGCCGUCCCAGGCGGUGGUGCAGGUGAAGGAAGGCAACACGGUGCUGGUGGCCGGUGCGCUGGCUGUGAAGGGCUAUGACGUGGCCGGGUCAGUCAGCUCCCACGGGAACCCACUGGCUGGGCUGCAUGUGCUGUUGUAUUCUAAGGAGAACCCCAAAUUCCGUGUAGAAGGCUGCCAGACAGCCCUACUCCAGGGUGUCCCGGACUCUCCCAUCUGCUACUCAGUGACAGACGCCUCCGGAGUGUUCUCAUUCGGGCUGGUCCCGGCCGGGGACUACUCGCUGCUGGCGCUGGCCAAGUCCCCGGGACAGGCCAUAGUUCAGUACAACGUCCGGCCGGACUCCGUGAAGUUCACUGUGAAGCAUGAUAGCCAGUUUAUCAAGGAUGCUUUUGAGGUGACAGGCUACACGCUAACGGGCUCAGUAUCCACGGGCGCGGGGCAGCCGCUGGCGGGCGCGCGCGUGUCUCUAGAUGGACAGGCGGCGGGCGUCACGGACUCGGCGGGGAAAUACACGCUGCGGGCCGCCGCGCCGGGCGCUCAUGCUGUCAGCUUUCAACACGAGCAAUGUGAGCUGGACGACGUGAAGCUGACGAUCAGCCCCAACGGAGCCGUGUCGCUGCCCGAGGCACGCGUGGCCAGGUGGAAGGUGUGCGGCACGGUGACUCCGUCUGAGCCCAGGAACGUGCUGAUCCAGGCGGAGACCAGCUCUCUGGUGCAGUCCGUCGCCAUCUCUAAUGACGGGAAAGGAAAAUGGUGCACAUACUUGCCGAUGGGAGUCUACAACAUCAAUGUGGAAGUUUCAGACAAGGAACAAAAAGAUGGACUACAGUUCUACCCUCUCUCAGAGCGCGUCACAGUAUCAUCAGCCCCAGUGGAGGGAGUUAUGUUCUCUCAGCUGUACUGCGAGGUGCAAGGGAAGGUACAGUGCGCGGUGCCGCAGUGUCGCAACUUGGCUGUGACGCUGAAGUCGCUGGCUAAUGGCAACGGGAAGGAGCUGGUUACGAGGACCAAAGAAGCAGACGGCUCCUACAGCUUCUCCAACGUCCUCCCCGGCACAGUGCAGCUGUCGGUCAGUGAAGACGCGCUGUGCUGGCGCGACGCGGCGCUCACAGUCCGCGUCGCCGCCGCCGCCGCGCGCGCGCCGCCCUUCGUGCACAGCGGGUAUAGGGUCACCGUACGAGCCAAGUAUGAUGCUACGGUGAAAUACACCGGCGCAACCUCCAAAGACUCGGGUGAGUUCGAGGUGAAGGCCCCGUCGACCCGCGUGUGCCUGUCAGCGGCUGACAGAUACUCGCUGACCCCUCGCUCCUGCCACCGCUAUGAACCGGAGACUGUCAUCGUUGACACUACCAAGGAUGUCACUGACGUGACCCUAACAGCAGUGGCCCACGCGACAGAGAUCGAGAUCGUCUCCCCUCACAAGGUGUCGGACUUGCGACUGCAGCUGACGGGCUCGGCCAGCGCUGACACCGUCGGACCGCUGACGGGAGAGCCGGCCGGAGGGAACUACGUGUAUAGGCAUACGUUCUACUUGAAGACGCACGAGGUAUCAGCCCUGACGGCCACCUCCUCUUCCCUCCUCUUCUCGCCGCCGUCGCAGCAGCUGACGGCAGCGGGCUGCCAGCGAGUGCCGCUCAGUGCGCGCGCGGCCGUCACGCUGCGCGGACGUGUCGUGCCGGCCGUGGCGGGCGCCGUGGUCACCGUCACUAGCGACUCAUCCGACCUCAAGCUCUCAAUGACGACCGGCCCAGACGGCGCCUAUUCCUUCGGCCCCCUGGACGCGGCGCAACACUACACCGUCACUGCGGAGAAGGAGUCCUAUGUGAUGGGAGCCAGGGAGGCCAACGGGGACAUCAGUGCGAGGAGACUGGCGGAGAUUGUCGUGACCGUGCAGGAUGAAGCCACGGGGCAGGCGCUAGAGGGCGCAGUAGUCUCAUUAUCCGGCGGCUCGUACCGCAAGAACCUCAUCACGGGCCCGUCGGGCUCGCUCCGGUUCUCGUCGCUGGCGCCGGCGCAGUACUACCUGAAGCCGCUGCUCAAGGAGUACCGCUUCUCGCCGCCCGCUACUAUAGUGAAUCUGCCGCAGGGGCAGCUGGAGGAAGUGGUGUGCAAAGGCACCCGCGUAGCUCACUCUUGCUUCGGCUCGCUGGUGUCUAUCUCGGGGGGCGCGUGGGCCGGCGCCACCGUCACCGCCGCUCCACUUACUGAGGGCAAGAAAUGUACGGAAGAACACGCCACUACUGCCGCUGAUGGGGGCUUCAGACACCUCGUCACAGCCGCGCCGCUCACUGAGGGCAAGAAAUGUACGGAAGAACACGCCACUACUACCGCUGAUGGAGGCUUCAGGAUCCGCGGCCUGCUCCCCGAGUGCCGCUACUCGCUGCAGCUGCGCGACAGCAGCGUGCCCGAGCUGGCUGGUCUCCGGCUCGUCACGCCAACGCAAGUUAUUGAGAAAGACAUCUCAGGCGUGCGCCUGAUAGCGAUCCAGCCGCAUCAACUGACCGACGCGACCGUUCUCAUCCACGCUCCCAAUGUCGACCACUACAAGUCACUCCGCCUGAAGCUAGCUCUAGAAGACAACCCAGCUUCACCAGUCUACACCACCAAGCUAGACGCGGCCGGUUACCAUGGCAACAACAACCCUGGCCUCAUGUAUGUGCUGCCGCGCCUGCCGGCUGAUAACAAGACCUAUGUGCUGACUGUGGAGUCAAGCUUGUCGAAAGCCACGCAUAGCUAUGAGGAUGAGGUGGUCUAUUUCACGUCGGAUGGACAGUACAAGAGCUUUGAUAUCGAGUUUGCGCCUAAGGUGAAAUCCGGCGACCAAGAGCUCCGUCAGACCUCUCUGCUCGUAGUCCCAUUACUCGCCGCCCUGGGAGCCGCAUUCCUCUACCGCGACGUACUAAUAGCACAGCUGAUUGAAGCGGCCAGCGGAGCCCUAGACCGCGCGCGCGUGAAGACCACUCGCGUGCAGAGACCAGAGGUGCUGGACAAGGCCAGCAUUGACCAGAUCGUGUCCAGUGUGAACGCGGCGGGCAAGAAACAGGGGAAGAAGAAGACGCCGUUUUCUAAUUAGGGGUUUGGGGGUAGGUGGUGAAUUAUUGUGUUGUGGUGGUGUAGACUGGUUGAUAGAUUGCGACAGUCGGUUUUAUAGUCGUUUCGAAUGUCGAAUAAGAUUGGUAUUAAAAACGGCGUAUAAAGUAAGUUAGACAAAAUAAUAUUGUAAGUAAGGUGGAAUAGGUAAAAAGUGAAUUAUAUACAAACUUUUGAUAAGCAGGAAUCAAUUUCAGGAUUUAUUUAUAAAUAAGUAAGAUUAAUUCUGAUUGCAGAGUGGUGUAAUGCAUAUUCUUUUGUUAUAAUUUAGUUGAAAGACUUGAAGCAUGCAGUGAAAAUGACCAAUGUACAUUAUUUUGUGUGAAAGUUGUAGCAUGGAGUUAUGUGGAAAUAACGAAUUUGUUAAUUUGUACUCGAAAAAAGGCUAUGUUACCAUUAUCCUGCCUUAUCAUUAUGAAGAAAAACAAACAGUCCUGAAAAUAUAUUUGUGGACUGCAUAAUUAUGUCUGUAAUUUCUUCUUAGUUUCAAAUAAACUUUAAGAUCUCUGUAAAUGAAAAUGUACUAGGUUUUUUACAUAAGCUAUGAGUUAUCCCUGAUGUAGCUGUGAGUUUAAAAGAGUGCGAUUAUUCCCUGUUUAUUUAUAAUUGUUGUUGAUUUAAUAUUUAUCGAAUUAAUAUAUUGUGGUGCAUUUAAAUAUACAGUGAAAAGUAUUCCUUUUGGUUUUAAAAUGAAAUAAAUUGUGGAUUGUUUAAGAUUUA